AAUUAACUAGAUUUGUUUUUCAGUAUUUUGAGAAGUACAUAACCAUAUUUCACAUACAAUAGAAGUAGUGAAAGUACAUACUGUAGAAAGAUGCAUUGAAAUCACUUCACUGCACUGAAAUCACAGUUCAACUGAUUUAAUUUUAUAUAUUUGAAUUUAUUUGGCAAACUUUUAUUUGAAACAUUACAUUUAAUGAGUAAUUAAAUGUACUGUUAAUAUACAUUAACUUAUUUUUAAUUUCACAUUAAUUGCUUGACAGUAGAUUGAACAGUGCACUUUAAGUAUAUUCUAAAAACACUAGAAGCAAUUAUGAAAGUAGAUAUAAAGUUGUAAUAAAGUACCAAUUAAGUUGUUCCAAAAAAUCACUCUUAAUGGCAACUUAUUACAUUUUAUUUCAACUUAAUAUACACUGUAAAAAAUGAUUCUGAGUUUUAGUCAGGUGGACAAGUAAAAUCAUGUCCUGUCAACUUGCAGCGUCUCAAUAUGCAAUAGGGUGAGUUAUAACAACCUCAACUUGAAGGGAAAUUGAAAACUUAAAAUAACGUGUUCAUAUAACAACAAAAUAUAUGCUAUUUCAAUUUUCUGCCUCAUGCGCAUGUGCCAGAAUCUCUACGUCAUAAUGACGUACUACUUUAACGAAUUUGAGCAAGACGCGCCAGCGCCAUUUUUCUGCACGAGAGGACGAGAUUAUUACACGAGCUGCUGAUGCGAGGAAAAAGAAUACGAAGGAGCUCUUAAUGGAACGACUACAGAUGGAUUUUUAUAGAUCAGUAUAGCCCAAGCAGAGUGGAAGCAGAUAUCGAUGAGGUGGUGUUGCAAGAUUUGCAGAUUUUCCUCGCCCAACCAGCGUGCCCUAAUCACACACUACAAGCUUAAACACUGUCAUCAGAUUGUUGAACACCAGGAGCUUAAUGGAUACCAUCCACUUUAUCCUUAUGUCAGAGCUGGCAAGUUAAAUAUCACACCAAGAACCUUCUUGCUUCACUAAGUUGACGAGAACCCCUGGAAUUUUCUAUUCCUAUUUCAAAAUGCUGUUCCGCGUGAUCGUCUCCCCACAGAACAUUCAAAAAGUUAGACUUGAUCCUGUUCCAGAUUCUGUUGAUGGCCUUAAGCUUGAACUCAAAAGCAAGCUCCAGCUGACAGAUUCUUUUGACCUUCAAUAUGAAGAUGAAGACUUCCAUGAUUUCUGUAACCUUACCUGCGUAGCUGAUCUGCCCAAAGACAAGGUGACACUGAAGGUCAUUUUCACCUGUCCAGAUACACUGUCAGACUCUAGUUUAGACACUGCAAUUUUAGGUGAAUCGUCAUCUACAUCAACUUCUUCACCCAGCAUCCAUUCAGAGUUAUCUGUCGCCCGUUCGCAUCCAUGGCCAACCACUUUUCCCAUCCCUGUUUUUACUUAUGAUGUGGAGCUGAGGCUAAGACAAGGUAAUGAGGCAUUUAGAAAGGAUGGAACACUUCUGUCAAUUCCCAGAGACAUGAAGAUUGAAAUUCUUGAGAAACUUGCAGAAAAUAUAUACUCAUACAAAGCCUAUCCUGGGAAUGAAGAGAUUGAGAGUGUAGCGGCUGCAUUAAUUGAAAAACACCCCUGUCUCAAAGAGCCAAGCUCCACAUCUGGGUGGUAUGGGUGGAAAAUUAGUUUGAAGUUUAAAAUGGGCAACUACAGGCAAAAGCUGAGAGAUGCUGGUUGUCAGGAACUGAAAGUGAAUUCUGAAAGGAGAGGUCUUGGGGAGACCAGAGGAAAGAGAAACAAAGUCAAGAAACCAAGACGAUGUGAAACUAAUUUUCUACCAGAUCUACCUCAGGGCAAAGACCGGGAAAGUCUAGAAAAGGAAAGAGAGCAAAUGGCUGUGGAGAUGACGAAGAGGACUCCAGACAUCACAUUUGUUGAUGCUGCUAUGAGCAGCACGUAUUCUUUGAGAAGACAAGAAGUCGUUGAUGAGGAGCCACCAGUGUCACAAAUGAAAAUCCGAUGGCCAGCAAUUUUCACGGAAAGACAGAUCAGCAAAGAAUUCACCAGGCUUGUGUCAAAGGACCUGAGCAAGUCCUUUUUGGAAGGCUUAGAUGGCCAUCUCUCGAAGCUGAUACAGUUAUUUCGGUCAAAGCGUUAUGAGGACGUUCCAGAAAUGACUUCCAUACUGGAGAGCCUUGAUAAGAAUACAACAAACCAAAGGAUGAGGACUGCAGCAUUGCUUGGCCUGCCGUGGUACAUGCGAGAGAUUCCUUCUAAAUUUAUGAAGAUAUGUGAGCCCAGUGACCGUGAAGAGGAUGUGAUCAAGGGCGUGGUGAUCGGAAUCCUAGUGGUUGUGGAAAAUGUGAUGGAGCCUCUCCCAGAAUUCUACAAUGACGUUGCCCUGGUGAUUGAGGAAGAAGUGGUGAUGCGUCACCUGAGUGACAUACCUAAUGCUUUUCUGAACCUGAUGGGCCUGGUGUACGCAUUAAACCUUGACUACCCAAAGGAAUUAAAAUUCACUUUUGAAGUGAUACAGCGCCUGUUCAUUGGAGUUGGAUCAGAGUCUUGCACCGCAAGAGUUCACUCUUUGAAGAGCAAGUUGCUGAGAUAAGAAACAAUUUUCUCCUCUUCUUCUUCUUUCUACUGUUAGCACUUACACUGUUACACUGUUUUAAACUAUAAGACCAUUGUUAUUUUAGAUCUCAUUGUUUUAAGUGUAACAUUGGCAUUCUUGAAAUUUUUUCAAACAGACUGUGUUGUUGUUACCUUGUCCUGCUUCCUCUUUCCCUGUCAUGUUUGACGUUUGAUUGGGAAUUGAAGACCGUUUUAUUUGAAGUCGUUAAACACCGCUUACAGUGAAUUUUUAUAGUUGUAAUGACAAGGAGAGUAAACUGGUUCUGUGCAUAGUAGGGCUGCACGAUAAAUCGCAUGUGAUUGUCACAUGC